CCGUCGUGGCAACAUUGUUCCACAUGGCGCUUGUCAGUGCGCCGCAUUUGCUGUGCAUUUGCUUGUGGCACCAGCGCGUAUGAUGGCACGUAUCGCGUAGUUGCGGCAUCACGAUGGCCUCAUACAAGCAGGGAAGCCCGUCUACCCAUUGACGUCCAAAAUUUUGUGACCUGAUCGCAAGGCCACAGUCAAAACAACGGCCGGGCGGUGUCGAGGCCGAUGCGCUGUGACACACCGCCCAGGAUGGAGGACGUGAAUGACCGCGACAGCAGCGACGACGAUGCACCAGCCGACAUGGACGACAUAGAAAUUGUGGAAGUGUACGACGAAGUUGCCAGCGAUUUCAGCGAGGAGGAAGAGGAAGGGGCUGUGGGCGACACUCCGCUGGACAACGCCGAGGUCUCCUUCACGGCCCACCAGGGUUCGGCCUUUGUGUGUGCCGUGUCCGGUGAUGGUCGGCACGUCGUGACGGGAGGCGAGGAUGACCGCGGCUGCGUCUGGCAGCUAGACACGGGUCAACUGGUGUUCGAGUGUGGCGGUCACGCCGACUCGGUCACGUGUGCUGCCUUCAACCACGACUCGACGCUGGUGGCCACGGCUGACAUGGGUGGCUCACUGCGGGUCUGGGCCGUAGAGAGCCACCGGCAGCAGUGGGAGUUUGACAUUGGCAUGGACCUCAACUGGAUCGAUUGGCACGGCCAGGCUAACGUCCUACUGGCCGGAACGGUGGAUGGCAUGGUCUGGAUGUGGCAGGUUCCCGGUGGCCACUGCAAGAGCCUGGUGGGUCCGGGUGCCUCGUGUGGCGCAGGGCGCUUCCUGUCAGACGGUCGACGAGCAGCGGUUGGCUACGACGAUGGCUCGGUGCGCGUCUGGGACCUGAAAGGGGUCACCGUGGCACACAGCCUGUCGGGACCCAGCCAGGCACACCCGGGGGGCCCCGUCACGUGUCUGGACGUGGCCGGCGAUCUCGUGGCGUCGGCUGCGACCGACGUGCGGCUGCUGCAUGCCAGCUCGGGGAGGCUCCUGGCGGCCUUGACGCUCACCACUUCUGCCGGUGACGAGGCCUCCACAGUGGAAGCAGUGUGUAUCGAUGGAGCCCAGCGUACACUGGCGGCUGGCUUGCUGUCUGGCCGGCUUUCACUCUGGGACCUGGGCUCACAGGCCGAGCGUCAGAGCUGCGUGCACCCUGCAGGCGUGACACGUGCCGUCUGGCAGGGACCGCACACCAUAGUCACGGGAUGCCUGGACGGUGCUGUGCGUGCCUGGGACGUACGCACCCCGCAAGAACCAACUCUCUGCUGGAGGGCACACCGGCACGACAUCUUAGACCUGGUGCUGUCUCCAGACGGACAGCGUGUGGUGAGCGUGUCCGACGGUGGCAUCUGUACCGUGCACAGGUUCGCCUCACCCGACUGAUCUCGUCUUCACUGACCACUACACUGCCGCCUUCUUAUGCAGUAAAAGUUUUGUUCUGUU